UUUCACCAUCAGAGUCAGGUCUUCUUCAGAAGAGGCGUUAGGAUGCCAAGCCCAGUCAUCAGUGUUCCUCAGCCGAUUCACAUCCGCGUUAACUGUCAGUGAAACGGUUGCAUAUCAGAACUUCAGACGAUGGGUCGGAGAAACAGAAAUGCUCGACUUCCUAACGCUGAUAUCCGCUCAGUUGGCCUGGACUUCAUAGAGUUUCUACACGAGACGAACAGAAUCAGUAUUAUUAACAGAGAUGAACUUCAGGAAAUCUACAACUCCGAGUUCAGAGACAGGGAUGGUGGUGUGAAGAAAGAUCCCAACUUCUCCUCAAUCCUAUAUGUGCUCAGACAAGGCCACAAAGCUCAAGUCACCAGGGAUCGACGGGUUUACUUUAACAGGAGUGUGCGAGUGGUGUUACGGGACCAGUGGUGGAGACCUCAUAACGCACUGCAGAGUUCCAACAGUAGCUCUCCACUGCCCCCUAAUGGCCCAGAGGCUUCUUCCUCUCCUUCUCCUUCACCCCGAGGACCUGAGGGUGGUGUUAGAGCUAGAAGGAAACUAGCUCGAGAGCUCAUCAACAAAAUCAAGAAUGGGAGGUCAGAGUUUGUGGCUGAUAAAAAUGGAAUUCACAUCAGCUCUGAGACAGAAAUGGUAGAUGCCAAAAUCUACUUCUGUGUGGAGCGUGAAGAGGUUUAUGAGCAGAAGCUGUUUGUGGAGAACAGGGGAACGGACAGUGUUUACUUCACCUACUAUUCACCACUUCACUGGAUUCAUUGCUUCAAGUUUGAGGACCCUGAGAGAGUCACACGCAGUAAUCCUCUUCUCCUUAGCCCUGGUGAGACAUAUGAAAUCAAAAUGAACUUCUUUUCAGCGGAUGUGGGUGUUUAUGGGGCUACAAUGGCCUUUGAGUUUAAACCAAACAUACAGUUGUUCUCCAGACCAUUCUACAUUGUCCGCUUCAUUGAAGCAGAGUUCAGGACGCAACUAGCAGCAGAACUGGCACCUGUUGAGCCCUAUAGACCCUUUAAACUCAGCAGCAUCCAGAAUGUGCCCUUCACUGUGGAUGAGGGAGUGCCACCAGAGAGCUUGACAUUAAAUCGACUUGGAUAUCAGGUGCCGCUGAAAGACUAUAAUUGUCCAUCUUACAUCAAUGAGCUGACCAAGUUCUUAAAAGAUCCCUCAAGUGCUCCCAAGGCUUAUCUCCAGGAAAAGAAGUCCCUGCUGGAGUCGGUGCUGAGUUUCCAAAACUAUGCAGAACGCUUCCACUUGUUACUUUACCUGGAAGAGUCUCAGAUGUGGGUGGACAUUAAGAGGUACAACAAAGAUGAUGUCACUAUGGAGAGGGAUCAGCGAAACAAGAAGCUGCUGAUGCUUGAGGUUCCGGGUGUUUCUGAGAAUCGGCCAUCAGUGCUGAGAGGAGAUCACUUGCUGCUCACUAAAAGUGAAGACCUACAUCUGCUGUCUGUUACUAAAUACAAAGGCUAUGUGCACCGUGUGGAACUCGACCAGCUCAAACUGAGCUUCUCCUCAAAGUUCUUGGAUAGUUUCAUAGACAACAUGAAGUUUCGGGUGGAGUUCACCUUCAAUAGGCUCCUGAUGAGACUCCAGCAUCGAGCUGUGGAGCUGGCUGUCCAGCACAGUCUCUGUGAAGUCUUGUUCCCCAUGGGGUCAAACUCUGAUAACUCAAAUGCUGAACUUUCAUUAAGUCUCUUUGAUAGAAGUUUGGAGAAGAAUCGUGAACAGUAUGCUGCAGUUUGCAACAUUGUGGCCGGUGUCUCCAAGCCGGCGCCCUAUUUGGUGUUUGGGCCCCCAGGCACCGGCAAAACAGUCACCAUGGUGGAGGCAAUCAAACAGGUAGAGAAAUGUAUAUUGGAUGCACAUAUCCUGGCAUGUGCUCCCUCUAACAGUGCUGCAGAUCAGCUGUGUGAGAAACUGCUGCAGCAUGUUGACUCUCACAAAGUCUACCGGAUGUAUGCCCUCAGCCGCAGUCCUGACCAAGUGCCCCUCAGCCUGCGGGCCUGUUGUAACCUUAAAGGUGAAGUGUAUGAGUUCCCAAGUAAGGAGGAGUUGAUGCAGUACAAAAUCCUGGUCACAACUGUGUUUACAGCCGGCAGGCUGGUCACUGGGGGUUUGCCUGUUGGUCAUUUCACUCAUAUCUUUGUGGAUGAAGCUGGUCAUGCGGUGGAAUCUGAGGUUAUUGUUGGCAUAGCUGGCCUGCUGCAUGCAGAGACAGGGCAGUUGGUUCUGGCUGGAGAUCCAAAGCAGCUGGGACCCAUUCUGAGGUCUCCAAUCACUAUUCAGUAUGGACUAGGUCUGUCAUUUCUGGAGCGAUUGAUGACCAAAAAUCCUCUCUAUCAGAAAGGAGACAAUGGAUUCAACACUCGCUAUGUUACCAAGCUGCUGCGCAACUACAGAUCUCACAGGGCCAUCCUGGAGAUUCCUAAUGAGAUGUUCUAUGAUGGAGAGCUGCAGCCAUAUGCAGAUGAAUACAGUGCCAACUUCUUCUGCAACUGGGAACACCUUCCCAAAAGAGGUUUUCCUCUGAUAUUCCAUGGUGUGCAUGGGAAGGAUGAGCGGGAGUCGAACAGUCCAUCCUUCUUCAACACCACGGAGAUCACUAAAGUCAUUGACUACCUGAAGAAACUACUGCUGUCGCAGGGCAAGAAGGGCAUCGGCAAGAUCUCACCCAAAGACAUCGGCAUCAUCACCCCUUACAGGAAACAGGUGGAGAAACUGAGGAAGGCUAUCAAAACAUGUGAUAGGGAGCUGAGAGUCUACCAGAACAUUGAAGAGCUGAAGGUUGGCUCAGUGGAGGAGUUUCAAGGUCAGGAGCGGAGGGUCAUCAUUGUGUCUACUGUCCGCAGCUGCAAUGAUUACAUCAAAAUGGAUACAGAUUUCAACAUUGGCUUCCUUAACAAUGAGAAGAGAUUUAAUGUUGCUAUAACACGAGCCAAGUCCUUGCUCAUCGUGGUGGGAAACCCCAUCAUUCUCAGCAGUGAUCCCACCUGGUCCAGGUUUAUUCAGUACUGCACUGACGAGGGAGGCUACACUGGUUUGAAUCGUGGCAUUGUAGAAGGCACAGAGGACGUAAUAAGACGGCUAGCAACCCUUAGGAUCCAAAUGGAGGCUGAAGACACUGAGGAGAGUGCCAUCCAGCAAUACGUAAACCCUGAGUGGAGGAACGAACAGUGAUGCUCUUCUUCUCUGGUUUCUACUUCACCUCAAUGCUUAUGUUUUGUGGGGUUCUAGUGGACCUACCUCUGGGUCCUGUGGACACAAGAGUAUUAUAUGAAUUGUUUUAUCUCGGGGCAUUAGCGUAAAUUAACAGUUUUUUAUGAAUACCUUGUUAAAGUUGAUACCAUUGGGCCUUAUUCACCAAUCUAAAAAAACUUCAGAUUCAUGACGUGUUCUUACCCUGUUGAAUUGUUUGUACCUUUGCGCUCUUAGUGUGUGUUCUGUUCAUUCUGUAGAACAAAAGCCAAAUAAGAAAACACUGGUGAAUGUCAGAAUCUUAAAGAUGGCAUAAGUGGGUUUUAAGAAGAAAAUUCGUCUUAAGAACAUUUGGUGAAUGAGGCCCAUUGUUCCCAUCUGAUGACCUUUUUUACUACAGCCAAGAUGAAAUGUUCUUGUGGAAUUUGUCCAGGACCAAUGACCGAAUGUCUUAAAUAAUUAAACAUAGUUUGUUUAAACAUAAUUAAACAUAGUAAAUAUCUAAAAAGUACUUGAAAAACUGUGGGUCUGAAGCAUUUGCACUAAAUUACGCCUGUGUACCUACAGCGUUGCUGGAAUUAUCUAAUAAACUGUUUUAUCAGUUGACUGAUCUUAUUACAUUGAUUAAAUUUCAAUUUUGACCUAA